AUGCCACGUGCUCCAAGAACCUAUUCUAAAACUUACUCCGUUCCAAAGCGUCCAUACGAAUCCGUUCGUUUGGACUCUGAAUUGAAAUUGGCUGGUGAAUACGGUUUGAAAAACAAACACGAAAUUUACAGAAUCAACUUCCAAUUGUCCAAGAUUCGUCGUGCUGCCAGAGACUUGUUGACCAGAGACGAAAAGGACCAAAAGCGUUUGUUUGAAGGUAAUGCUUUGAUUAGAAGAUUGGUCAGAGUUGGUGUCUUGUCAGAAGACAAGAUGAAGUUGGAUUACGUCUUGGCCUUGAAGACUGAAGAUUUCUUGGAAAGAAGAUUGCAAACCCAAGUCUUCAAGUUGGGUUUGGCCAGAUCUAUCCACCACGCCAGAGUUUUGAUCCAACAAAGACACAUUGCUGUCGGUUCCCAAGUUGUUUCUAUCCCAUCUUUCAUGGUUAGAUUAGACUCCCAAAAAUUCAUUGACUUUGCUCCAACUUCUCCAUACGGUGGUGGUAGACCAGGUAGAGCUAAGAGAAAGAACCUUGCCAAGAACGCUGGUGCUGAAGAUGAUGAAUAA